AUGGACUCUUGCAUCAUACCGUGGAUGAAUAGUCGACCAAGUUGCUUAAGCUACGGUACCGACGAUACCAUAUGCUCGCGUCAACAGGCUCUUGUGAACAAUGCAUUUGGUUCCGACGUUGUGUUUAUUGUCGGGCCUGCUCAACAGCGAAUUUUCGCACAUAAAAUAUACCUGACCAUAGCUUCCGAGUACUUCUACGUCCUAUUCUAUGGCAACUUUGACGAAGCAAGCAACGAUGAGGUGGUGCUGAAGGACGAUGAUCCGGAGUUGUUCCUGCUGGUCUUACAGUUCAUUUAUUCAAAGCACAUGGAACCAACCGUGGACAAUGUGAGCUAUCUUUUUGAUUCCGCUAGAAAGUACAUGUUACCCGAGCUUACGGAACUGCUAGGCCAGUUCGUGGCGGAAAGGUUGACCAGUUCAUCUGUAUUGGAGAUUUUCAACGAUAACGGACAAUACGGCAGUGCCCGAUUAGACCACUCUUGCCUGUCCAUGAUACGGGACAAUCCAUUGCUAUACUUCAACAGCGAAGAUUUCAAAUUGCUUGAAAUGAAUAGGCUCAGAUUGAUACUUCGCCAGAACAAAGUAAACUGCACCGUGAAUCAGUUGCAAAAUGCGCUUGAUAAAUGGGCAGCGGCCAACAUUAACGAAGAUGUGCGCAAGCUGCGGAUGGUUUUAAAAGAUAGUGUUAACUUUAAAAACGAUAAUAGUAGAAUAAAUACGGUACAUAUCGAUGAUGCCAUGCAGUAUCCACUUGAAAAACGGAAAGAUACAUUUAAGCACUAA